AUGCCGCAGGUUUAUAUUGUGUAUAUGGGAGCUCAACACGCAUCCCGAUACCCAACUUAUGAACUCCAUCUUAAUUUGCUCACAGAAAUUCCCGUGAACUGUUCACCUAGUGAGUCUUUGGUGUCUAGCUAUCAAAGGAGUUUUAGCGGAUUUGCUGCCAAACUGUCGAUUGAUGAGGCCGACAAGUUGAGCAAAAGGGAAGGAAUAAUUUCAGUGUUUCGUAGUAAAACCCUGAAGCUUCGCACAACGAGGACAUGGGAUUUUCUCAACUUCUCACAUAGUGUAAAUAGAAAUCCUCCAUUGAAAAGUGAUAUCAUCAUCGGAAUGCUCAAUUAUGGAAUAUGGCCUGAAUCCAAGUCCUUGAUAAGGGAUUGGGACCUCCGUCAAAGAAAUCCUGUGGCUAACAUCCAAAAAAGUGAAGCAGUUUUCGACUCCGAGGCUCCCUUGGUCACUUCCUUCUCAUCGAGAGGCCCCAAUUUAAUCACCCCUGACAUCUUGAAGCCUGAUAUAAGUGCUCCAGGAAUUGACAUUUUGGCCGCCUGGUCACGGGUUGCAUCGGUGUCAAACCUCCCCAACGACACAAGGGUCGUCAACUACAACAUAAUCUCGGGCACUUCCAUGGCUUGCCCGCACGUAACCGGCGCCGCCGCCUACGUCAAGUCUUUCCACCAAAACUGGUCGCCGGCAGCCAUCAUGUCUGCGCUCAUGACGACAGCCAAACCGAUGUAUCCUUCCGCCGGCCAAGACCAAUUAUCGUAUGGAGCAGGCCAACUGAACCCGGCGAAGGCCGUCGACCCAGGUCUUGUCUACGACGCCGGUGCCAGUGACUACGUACAAAUGCUCUGCGACUCGGGCUACAACGAAACCAUGAUCAGGAUCGUCACCGGCGACUCCAGUUCCUGCUCUUCUAGUACUAGUAUUGGAACGGCGAGGGAUCUCAAUCACCCUUCCAUGGCCUUACAUGUUCAGUCCGGCAAAGCCUUCGCUGCCAAGUUCUUGAGAACAGUGACCAACGUCGGCAGCGCCCGACGCAGCAAGUACAAGGCGGAGGUCCGGGCUGAUCGCAGACUUAAUGUGGUGGUGAAUCCUAGUAAGUUGAGGUUUUUGGAGUUGAAUGAGAAGAGACGGUUCACUGUGUCGGUUUCUGGUGGGCCAUUGCCAGGGAACUCAACAGCGCCGGCGACGGUUAUUUGGUCGGACGGGAAGCAUCUGGUGAGGAGUGUGAUGGUUGUCUACACCGAUUUCUCAUCUUGA